CAAAAUUUCAAAAAAAUGACCAAUGCACGAUUAAAGCGGGACACGGCCGGGGAACAUGUCGGAGGAUGAAUUUGUUUUCGCUUCUCAUUCCCGCUUCAUUCAAGCGGUACAAUUUUAAUUUCGUGAAACUUAACCGAGACAUUUAACAAAUAAACUUUUGCCAACAAAUUACGGGUAACCUCCGAACUCAUGGGCAGGCGGGUGCAGGGGGCGGCAGAGGAAUAAUAAUUCUUUCGAACGCGUUUGUAUGCACUUCUCUUCCGUGCUGUUUACACGGGUCAUUUUCCCGAUUGAAAUAUUGGGUUAUGUCGGAAUACAGUGUUAAAAAGUUGUACACGUAUGACCGUGCGAUACGAAAGACUCGAUCGAAUAAUGUACGACCUGCGAAAAUGGAAAAUAACCGUCGGGACAAAUCGGCGCGGAACAUGGACAAAUGGAUUGAACACGAAUCUGCUGAGACUCUGCUCUCCAUGAAAAAUGGAGGGUUCCCGUCGAUAGAUGAUAUUAAACAAGAACUUUGCGACGACGACUCCAUGGACAUCGAGGAACACCAAUUAUCCAAUAAUUCUAUGGAUUCCUCCCAUAUGGAUAUCGAAGAUUCCGAACCUACCCCGGAGUUUGGACCUGCCGCUCUUGGACUUCAAAGAGUUGGCACGAAACCUCCACCUAAACCCAAUCCACCGAUGCAACCGGUUCAAGUUCUUAACCGGAGAGGAAUGCCAGCGAGAAUAAGAAAAAAGAAUAAACUUUUUUACGAUGACAUUCUGGUCAACCAUCCUCAUCACAGAUCCCAUUCUCCCAGAAUAAAGAAGGAUCCGUCGUUAAUGGAGAUAAAAUCAUCGCCGAAGAAGAUAGCUAGGCCAUCACCGGCGAAAAAGGUUCAGAAGCCCGUUACGGAGACCCCAAAAAGGCAAAGUAGCGCAGCAUCAAGUGUACCAGCGGUAACAACCCCAACACCACCAAUAAAGCAAGAAAAAGAGGCGGAUAAGCAGCAGGCAGCAGGAGCAGUGACACAGCCAGGUUCUCCAGAUAGAAAAAUAGGUCAAAAGAUAGGAAUGCGUCUGCGUAAUCUUUUAAAGCUGCCGAAGGCUCACAAAUGGGUGUGUUACGAGUGGUUCUACAGCAACAUUGAUAAAACGUUGUUUGAAGGAGACAAUGAUUUCAUGAUAUGUUUGAAAGAGUCGUUUCCCCAGUUACAAACGAGAAAACUAACGCGAGUUGAGUGGUGUAAAAUCCGUAGGAUGAUGGGAAAACCACGGAGAUGUUCACAGUCCUUUUUUGAAGAGGAAAGACGAGAAUUAGAACGGAAAAGACAAAAAAUAAGAAUGCUGCAGCAAAGAAAAGCUGGCGAUAUGAGCAGCUUUAAAGAUUUGCCACCAGAAAUCCCGCUGCAGUUGGUCAUAGGCACCAAAGUCACUGCCAGGUUGAGAAAACCUCAGGAUGGGCUUUUCACAGGUAGCAUCGACGCAGUCGACACUAGCAACAACACUUAUCGAAUCACCUUCGAACGCGCUGGUCUUGGAACUCACAGCGUUCCUGAUUACGAAGUUCUAUCCAACGAACCCCCUGAAACCAUCAGCGUCUCCUCCUUCGCUCUACAUUUUCGACCUCGACACGUUGCUUACGUUCCUGCACAACCUUACGCCCUCAAAGUUCGAUCUCCCAGACUCAACAACGACCCUCUUAUCUCAAACGCUGCAAUACCCACCCCGAAAAGAGCUCACAUCGGUGGCACCAUGAACGGAUACCCGCUCAAACUCCUCGAAUUUAUGGUCAAAGUUAAUAAGAUUCUUGCUGCUAAGAAAAUCAAAAUACAAAAACUUCGGGAAAUGAACGCCGAGGCCGAGAAACAUCGGUCUUUGGGUGAAUAUUUGCCUCCCGAUUUUGAGAGACGAUACGCUGGGGUUGUCGUCGAUCUCGAAAAAAUGAACGUUGCUCUUCAAGAAUUUCUCAACGAUAUUCAAGACCUCUGCCAAGAAAUGGCACCUGAGCCGAGUAUGGCCGCAAUGUUGGCCCCCUCGCAUCUUCGAGAAAAAUGUCGUCAAGAAGCCAGUGACAUGGUUUCUCGAAAUAAUAUCAUCAAUGAUAAGGGACCGUCGAAAAUGAAUCAGCUGGUUACAGAUUUGACGGCUCUCAUGCUCCAAGUCAAGUGCCUCUCGGAUUCUGAUCGAAAUGCCUACGAACUUAAAGUAUUGCAAGGAACGAUGGAGCAAAUAAGAUCGAGACUGACGCCGCAAAACGAGCAAGUUUUUCAAAAUUGCGUCGAGGUUCAUAUGCAGCGUAUACAAUUGGGUCUUGGCCAGAUCGGUGCACUGACACCGUUCAUGGCUCAAAAAGCUUAACAUCACACUUAACUUAUGUAGCGAGAAAGAGCAAGAUUUGAAAGAGAAAAAAGGAAAACAUUUUGUACAGAUUAAUGCUAUAUAUAACGUCGUAAGAGAGCCAAAAGAACGAUCGUUGAAUUUAGUGCUCGGCGUACAAAAGUCGAAGGCAGAAGUUAUGCCGUUCGUUUUAUUUUGCAUGAAAUGCGUGGGCGUUCUCGCAUGAUUCGAUGUGAUGAACGAGAGAUAAAUAUUUUUUCGAAUUAAUCAAACAGUCUGAAAAAUGCGGGCAAAGUUUUUUGUGACUGAACUCACGUUCACGAUUUCAAUCACAAAAAAGUCGAUAUUGGUCUUUAAGGAAAUUAAGAUCGAUCGCGGUUUCAGCAAUAAUUGGCAAAUUUUUAUAAUAAUUUGCGGAAUCGUGAUUGCGACAUUUCUAAAAAAAAAUGUUAUUUUAGUUGGUUUAAUACUUAAGAAUAAUGAAUAGAUGAACAUUGUAAAUUAAUAUUAUCAUUCAAAGCUUAAUAUUUUAUUGGAGAUUCAAAAUAUCGAUUAUUAAAAUCCUAAAUAUGAA